CUGCCUGCCGUUGCCGCUGACUCGGCUGCCGCUGCUGCCGAUCCUGUUGCCGCGGCAGCAGCGGCGCCGGUGGCUGCGGUACCACCGCCAACAGCAGACAGCGAAUUCAGCCCUUCUGGCAACGGCAAUGGAAGCGGCAGCAACGGUGCCACGCAAAUCACGGCGCCCGCCGACCCGCCGCCGGCAGCCGCCGUGCCAUGGGCAGACGAAGAGGCGACAGAGUCUGACCCAGCCGAGGGCGCGCUGCGCCAGGCGCGCGCCGCGGCCGCGCGAGCCGGGGCCGGCGACCUCUUCGGCGCCGCCGAGGCGGCGGCGGCGGCCACGGAUUCGCUGCUCGACGCGCUGCAAGACGAGGCCUCCGCACCCGGCGCCGGAUCACCAAGCCUGCUCGUCGCCCUCGUCGCCGCCGAGGGCGCCGCCGGCGCGCUCGAGCACGCGGCGCGGGCCGAGGGCACGACGCCUGAGGCCGCGGCCGCGGCGGCCGCGGCGCGGGCGCUGCGGGGCGCGGCCGCGGCGGUGGCGGAGCUGGGCGUGUGA